AUGCAAUCGCAUACCCUAUUCCUAUUGGCUGCUGUAACAGCGGCUGUGAGCGCAGACUAUGCUCUCAAACUCCAACGCCCGAGACAUCACAAACAUCAUGAUCCCCAUUCUCCCAUGUUUCCUGAGCCACAUGGACCAAGGCAUCACAAACAUCACGGGCCUGAUCCUUCAAUAUUUCCUAAGCGGCAUGGACCGGAACACCAUCGUCAUUUCGGACCUCCCCCAUUUGGCCCUCGUGGUCCCCAUCAUCCGGAGAGGCCUGGUCCUUGGCUGCCGGUUCCAGGACCUUUGAGACCAUCACCCGAAUGGGACAAACGCCCGCAUCUGCCGCGUGAAACCGUUUGGACGGAAUCACCAGAAGACAUUACAACAUACUCGACAACACCACAAGAUGAGGAAGACGAAGAGACAACAGAGAUUAUCGAAGAAGACUAUUCACGCACACCUUUGCCAGAUGAGGAGUCGACCACAAUGACCGACGAAGGUGAUAACACUACAAUGACCGAAGAAGUUGAUGAAAUCGUCAUAACCACCACAGCAGGACAAGAGGAGGAUACGAAUUCGGAAACAGAGCAAGACGAAAACACAGUGAUGCACUAAGGAGGCAACGCUGAGAAAAAGUGGCAUUUCAGUCGUUCUGGAGGAGUGCAGGGAACUAAACUGUGAUAGAAAUUCGUUUUGGUUUCCCAGUUGCUCCUGUUCCUCCUCCUUCGUAGUAAAGUGCUUACUUGAGGC